AAACAGACCCCGCCCCCGGUUGUCACUGGUUUGUGUUCGUUGUCAUGACAGCGGCCUUCGAUUUCCAGCUGCUGAGGCAUGAUCUUGUUCUUGGAGGGUCAGACUAAUUUUACUGACAAAAAUGGAUUCUGUGCCGGCUACGCACUAUGGCAAAACACACGAGAAGGAUCCUGUCGUCACAGUGUUUAACAACGAAAUAAAGGAGUUUAAGCUCUUUAUGAAGAAGGUUGUUACUUCCCCAAACUUCGACCAGACGUCUUAUGCAAAAGGGUCAAAAAUCUUGUUUGAAAUAUGGAACAAGUAUAACGACCGACUGCCGGCCUGUUGUUUUGAAGAGCGCGUGUUGCGGACUGCGGACUUUCUCUCGGACGUGAAGCUGUACAGGCUGGCCAUCCAGCAGGGCUAUGGGCGCUACCUGCAGCAGUACUGCUCUGCAGGCAUAGAGGAGAUCAGGGAUGUGGGCCAGUUCAACAGCACCUUCUUCCCCCAGGGCUUUGGAACGGAAAGGACAGGGCUGACGCUCCAUGCUCUGCAGGGUCUCAGUCUGUGCUCCUUCCUGUUGGAGAGGAGCGGGGGGGAGCAGUGGGACCAGAGCAGGGUGCAGAGACUGCAGCACAUCCUCAGCUUCCUGCGCAUCAUGAUGCAGGCGCUGCUGCCCCACGAGAGCCUGUGCUGGAUACUCUACAACGGCUCAUUGCAGAUCUACAACAUCUGCAGAUUUCUGAUGUCCCUGAAUUUGUGCUCACAGGCUCUGGAGUAUCUAGUGUGGGCCUGCGUGUGUUUGGAGACCUCCGUCCCCCUAAUGAGCCCGAGCUUCCUGGCCUGGAGGACCACACUCUACUGCGCUGCCUGCCAGUGCUACUACAGCUGCCAGGCCGGAGUGCAGGCUGAGGUGUUUGCACGAAGAGCCCUGGGCAAAGUCAGCGAGCUGGCCAAACUGGCGGAAAUGAGCAGCUCACCCACGUCCACUCAGACCCAGGAAGCCUUCAAAGAGGCCACAAUCAAGCUGGCUGUGAUGUUGUUUAAAAGGUCUGUGUACGAGCCCAGGAGGAGGCCCAAAGGCCUGUUCAGACCCCGGCUGAAGAGCAACCUCAAAGAGGCCAAGACGACGCCCUGGCCCCGCUCACCCACGGAGCGCGCUCUGAUGGGGCUCUUCGAGGGCGGGGCCGCCCGCUUCCUGGCCCUGACGGAGGCCCUGUGGGACGGCUCGCUCCGGCCCCUGCAGACGGGGGGCCCCGAGGAGCCCGAAAUGCAGGAGGUGGCCCUGGAGCUGCUCUCUGCUGGCAUCAGCAUUCUGGCAGGCGCAGGUGAGGUCAGUAAUGAGCAGAGCCUUCCCGCACACAUCAGUGGGAUCGCACCGCACCCCUCCUCUCUGCUGGAUUUAGCAAAGGCUGGCGAUAACCGGGUGUCGGUGGAGGCAGCGGUGAAGUUUGCCAAGCUGCUGUUUCGGUACGAGCAGUGGGACGCCUUCUCUCGCCUCUCCAGCGCCCUCCUCACUCUGCUGCAAGGGCGGGAGGCGGAGCCGUGGCGGCGGGCGGCGCUGGAGCUCACGCUGCUGAUGGCCAUGGAGCCCCUGCUGGGGCCGCAGAGGCUCAGGCACUCCCCCAGGGACAGCAGCGCCGACGGGGGCCGCGAAAGAGAGCGGCAGCAGGUGAUGUCAGUGUCAGAGGAGAUGCUGGAGCUGGUGGAAACGCUGCACAGCACCGUCUGCAGCUCAGCUCAGGUACAGGAUCUCUGUGACAGACCCAUUACGCAUUGUUCUACAGCACCUCUGGGCCCUGUAACAGACCCAUUAAUCUACAGCAUCUCUGAGCCCUGUAACAGACCCAUUCAUCUACAGCACCUCUGUGGACAUGAUGUGCAGCCGGACAGGGACCUGGUGUUGGACAUUGUGCAGUUUCUGUGGCUCAGGUGCAAGGCGGUAUUCCAGAGAGCCCAGACGGGACACUGGGACUCCUCCCGCAGUCAGGAUCGAUUGGAGAACUACGCCAAGUGGGUACAGGUUCUGAGCGUGCUCAGUGAAGUGGCUCACACUUGUGAGCUGGGCCUAUCGGACCCUGUGGCCGUGGCUGAAAUGACCCUGCGUCUGGCGGCCAUAUUGGAGGGGGGAGCUGACGCCCUGCUGAAGUCUGGGAAGAAGACAGCCUCCUCUGAAGAUGCCAGCCUGAUUUCGGCCUCCAGCAUCCUGCAGUGCGACGUGCCGCCCGUUUUUAAGAGGCCCAGGGCUGAGCAGCUGCGGGCGGUGUGGGAGGUGGUGGAGAGGGGUGUGGAGGGCGUGUCCCGCAGUCGGGCCCGCCUCCUCGCGCACGAACGUACCGCCACCCGUGACUCUGCCCACCUGCAGUCAGGAGGGGUGGAGUCAGAGGGCGGGGCAAGUGGAGGGAGGAAGCCCCAGGACACUUCCUCGUUCACCUCCUUAAUAAUGGACCUUCAUCUGGAGCUGCUGGCAGUCCAACACAGAGUGUUCCUCAAGCUACUCGACGCCUGCCCGGAUCGCCCUCCGCCCGACCGGACGGGGAGGAACGGGGUCUCCAGGGCCGUGCUCCUCAUGCAGGAGGCCCUGCUCACCCGCGAGAAGGACCGCGGCAGCCCGGCUCCCAAGGACCUGCUGGAGGACGCCGCCCGCCUGGUGGAGAAAGCACAGGAGGAGGAGAGACGGCUGGCCAAUGGCAGGGCUUGGAGGGCUGAGACGGGCAGGGCGGCCCCGCCCCCCAUCCUGCUGUCCCGCACGCACCGGUCCAUGAGCUUCGCCCCUGCGCCCUACGCCCCGGACAAGCAGGUGUGCUGGUACGCCCUCUACGGACGCGAGGCCACGGGGGUCAGCCCGAAGGCGCGCCUGAGAGACUGCCACCUGCUGGGCACAGGAGAAGAGGUUCCUGUCCCGGGGGGGUGUGUGCUGCGAGUGGAGGGCCUGGAGCCCAACAGGAAGUACGUCUUCGCCGUGGCCGCCUACGACGCCCAGGGGAAGCUGGUGGGCGGGUCCGUGGGAGAGAGCACCGCGCCCCUGCUGGCCUCCCUGCCCCUCCCCCUGCCGACCGCCUGGGCGCACCUGGCGCAGGCGGCGUAUCGGACCGGGCACUACGUGCUGGCCAAGAAGGCGUGCGGCAAGCUCUGGGACUACAUUACCCAGGGUCCCCUUCCUGAAACCAGGGCAGGCGGCAGCUCAGAGGGGCUCGCCCAGACCAGGCUGAAGGAGGAGGCCCUGGCCCAUGCCUCCCCUAUCCUGCAGCAGCUCCUCCUCACCUCCAUCUUCAUAGCGACAGACAUUCGCAUCCAGGAGGGGGCGCUGUACUGCGAUGCGCUAGUCGAUGGAGGCUCUCUCGUAUGGGGACAGGAAGCCAGGCUGGCGGAGUGCGAGCGCAUGCUGGUGGCGGUGGACCUGGCCCUGAGGCUCAAGGAGGAGAGCGCCGCCCUGCAGGGCGUGGUGGGGUGUUACGGGCUGCUCGCCCCGCUCAUAUACCACCAGAUCCCGUCUGAGAGCGGGGUGCAGGUCCUGCUGAAGUGUCUCGCUGUGCUGCUGGAGAUCCCAGGAGUUCUCAGACACAAGCGGCCGGCUGCCUCUGCAGAGCCUCUCCUGCACAUGCUGGCAUGCAUCACCUUCUACUUAGCUAAGGUGCUGCGUACCUGCGGGGAGCCCCACCUGGCCUCAGCAGUGAUCGAUCAGGGGAAGAGCCUCCUGCAGGAGGUCACUGAGGGCGUGGCCACACAGGCGGGAGCGAUCAAGCCCCUCCCAGCUGGACAGGAUGUGGCUCCGGGGGAGCGGCCCCAGAAGAAGACGGGCUGGGGCCUGGAGGACGAGGAGCCCAGCGCGCAGCUGAGGGCCCUGGAGGCCGGCGUGCUGGAGAACGCCCCAGCAGCCACGGCACAGCCCCAGGGCACGGGGCUCCAGGACCUGACGGGCCAGGAGGACUUCAUCCUGGUCUACGGCCUCGUCUGCACCAGCCCCCCCCAGACGGCCUUCAGAGACGUGAUGAAGAUGAAGAGGAGGGCCUUCUUCCUGGAGCUGGCCGUGCCGCUCCUGCAGAGGGCGCUGCGGGAGGACCGGCUGGAGCAUGUGCUGGAGUGGGGACAGGGCGUCCUGAGCUGGCUCUGCAGACGGGACGAGGGUAUGACGGGGUUGAAGAAGAUCGCUACGACAGAGCUGAGGGGCCAGGGCGGGGCCGAGGACGAAUCCAAGAAGUACACAUCAUCCGUCAUCGAGUACAACAAGAAAACGAAGACCAGCACCGCCACCGCCACCGCCGCGGACAGGAAGAGGAAGGACCGUCACCAGAGGAAACAGACGGGCCUUCUGAAGCCAGAGCUCACCGAGAGGGAGAUUGAGGCGCUGGACGUCCUGCUGACCCUCCUGCCCCCCCUCCUGCGCCGGGCUCAGCGUCGGAGGCGCCUGCGCCGGGUGUGUGCUGACGAGCGGCCCGGCCGUUGCCAUGUCAACCUCGGCGUGGCCCUGAGUCACAUGAUCCUGCUGCGCAGGAGUCUGGAGCAGAGACUGCCAUCUGCUGUGCAGCACAGGUACAGCCGGCUGGACCCCUCCCUCUUCUCUCUGGCCCACUGUGGCGUUGUGGUGUCCCGGGGCGGUGCACCCCAGGGCAGCGGGGACCCCCAGCUCCCGCCCCCCCCUGCCAAGCCCACCCUUCAGCCCAGUUUGGGAGCACCCCCACAGCAGGACGGGGAAAAGGGGAAAAACAGCAGCAGGGAGGAGUCCAGCCAGACGGGGAGUGAGGAGGAGAGCGACGCAGACACGCCCCGCACCCAACUCACCAAUGAGCAAGGCCCCGGUGGGCCGUCCCUUCUCUGCGCCACGCCCACCGGCGCCAGCCCCUCCCACUUCAUACAGACCCUGGACAAGGCGCUGCUGCAUUUUAGGAGAGCCAUGGUCCUGGCCCAUCGAGGGGGUCUCUGGACGUCUCUGCAGUGGGUGUGUCGUGUGCUGUGGGACCACGCCUCCGCGGUCGCCUCAUUGGUGGAGCAGGGUCACGCCCCCCUGUCCCCAGAGCAGCUGGACUCCGCCCUCACACCCCUGCUGGCCCUGGCCACAGACUUGCUGAUGGACAUGAUGCACAGACUGCAGAUGUGGAAGCUGUUUGAGAGUGGGGCAGAGGGGGCGGAGCCGGGGGCGGAGCCGGAGGCGGCAGGGGGCGGGGCCGGGCCCGACCCGGCCUGGCUGCGCGCGCUCGCCCUGCGCGGCCUGGAGCUGCUGGCCCGGCGGGAGAAGUGGGAGUCCCUGGCCCACCUGGCGCUGCUGUUCAACCGCGUCACACGAGAGAGCUACAGUCAGACGGUGACCCCGCUCCUGCUGCACGCCCAGAGGAGGCUGCAGGAGAGGAUCGUCCGUUUGGGGGGGCCCCCCGUCCCGCAGCCGCACUUCACCCGCACGGAGGCCGUCGCCGGGGAAAAGGUCACCUGCAGGAACUACGGCGACGUGCAGCUGCUGCUGACCGGGGGGCUCCCCAAAACGACGGGCGAGACCUCAGAAAGUCAGAGGGCUCAGGUGCUGGUGUGUGUGCCUCUGGACGUGACGGACACUCUGCGCACUUUCCGGGAGACUCUGGGGAGAAGGCCGUAUGUUCUACAGACCCUACAGCACAGUGAAACCCUGCUGCUACUGCUGCUGGCCAACACACAGACCCGUUUUGGGGUCCCCUCCUGCCUGGCGGGUCAGUCCCAGGGCAGGGUGGGGUUCAGGCCGGCAGCCAUAGCCCCCCCUGACCUGUCUGAGGAGGACUUCAGCAGCCUGGACUCAGUCUACCACUGCAGCCUCCCCCCGUCCCAGCUACAGGCCGUCAUCUCGUCCUACACCAGCUCCAUCGAGUAUCUGGAGGCGAAUAAGCAGAACUCUCUGAGGGUCCAGGCACUGCACGACCUGGGAAACCUGCACUAUUACUGUGGGAACAAACGGGCAGCACAGACGCACUGGAGCAGGGCUCUGGACUGUGCGCUGCAGUGCACGGGGGUGUUGGGGUCCUGGGACGGGGCCUCGUGGGGCAGCGCCCCCCCCAGGGAGGCUCUGCGUCAGGCCGGGGUCUGGGGCUGCCUGCAGGGGGCCGUGCUCAGCGCCAAAAUCGCGCAGUUUGUCCUGACCUCUGACCUCAGCCAGCGGACCCACUGCAGUCUCCUGUCUGCCCGGCUCUUCAAGCUCGUGCUGACAGCCUCUCUGCCCCACCCUGAGGCAGACUGGCGGUACUGCGCCUAUGAGCUGGGCUCUGAGCUGCUACCGGGUCUGGACCUCUUCUCCAGUCCCGCCCGGGUCCACGCAGGCGCCACUGCCUCCAGCCUGGCCUUCCUGUGCCACUGGCUCUACGGCUCUGGCCACUACCUGAAGGUCCUGCCCUUGCUGUCGCUGUAUCUCUACCUUGUGGGGACUGUGUGUGGAGACCCAGACCGCACCGCUGAGGGCCGAAUCCUCAGAGUUCAGGUACUGACGGAGCUGGGUUUCUACGGAGACGCUAUGAGGGAGCUGGCCUCUCUGAGACCGGGAGAGAGGACCCCUCAGCCCCACGGCACCUUCAUCUGCACAGAGCACACGGCAAAGAAGAUGUUUGAUACCGGAAAACCCCUCCUAGACCCAUCUAACCUACAGGCCGUGGAGGAGCUGGUGAGCGGGGGCCAGGGCUCGGAGCUCCCUGCUCUCUAUCGCCCCCUCCUGGUGUGGAGGCUGACCCUGGCCAGAGCCCAGCUCAUCCUGGCCCUGUGCCGAACCAUCCCCCAUUUCCCAGAACCACAAGAAACAGGUGAUCCAGAGGGCCCGGCUCAGGAGACCCCAGCUGACCCCGGCUCGCCCGCCGGUGAGAACAAGGGGCGCCCCCCUAGCGGCGAACCCCAACCCCCUCCCGCCUCCUCCCCCGCCGAAAGACCCACGGAGCCCCCCCGCCAGCCGCCGGACCCCACCAGGGGUGCCCUGACCCCCGUCACACUAAAGGCUUCAUUGCUGGAUGAGGCUGCUCGUGUUCUGACCUCCGUGCUGCAAAGCCUCCGGUCAGCAGGGGGCGGUGUGGAGGAGCUGGAGCUGGCUGUAGAGACCAGGCUGCUGCUCUCCGCAGUGUACCUGGAGCAAGGCAAGUGCGCCUGCAGUGCAGACCUGGCGGUGUCUGCUCUGCAGCUUCUCCAGGAUACCCACGAUCAGGAUGGGAAACCCCACCCCACUGACUGGCUGGCCACACUGUCAACUACCCCGGCGCGUGCGAUAGAGGCAGACCCCAGUGACGUUCCCCAGGCUGUGGAGGCCAGAGAGCGGCUGAGCAGGGCUCUGUGGCUGCGCUGCCGCCUGGCUCUGCUCAGGGCCCUGGUGGCUCACAUCCCUGGGACUGCCAUACACCCAGGUGUGGACAGCAGUACUGAAGCUGCCAGGCUGCUAGCAGAGGGCCUGCAGGAGGCUGAGGCUUGGGGAGACCCUGACACCCGCGCCCUCCUGCUCCACCAGGGGGUGCUACUGCACACACACCGAGGGAGACCCCGAGAGGACAUCAUUUCCCAGCUGCAGGAGGCGGUGGGUCUGCUGUCUGGAUGCCGCUCUCUGUCCCCCCGCUCCUCCCUCACCCUGGCAACCAGCGCCCUGCAGCUGAGUGACCUGAGGAGAACUGGCAACCACAGCCUCCUGCUCCUCACCCAGGAGCUGCUGCAGCAGCAGCUCUGUGAUCUGGGGGAGUCUGUGCUGGUCGGGGAGGACUGUCGAGUGCUCCUGACCGCCACCCCGGGUCUAAAGAACAUCUACUUGCCACAGCUCCCCCUGCUGGCCAGGGCCACCAUGCGGCUGGGCCAGCAGGUGGCGCUGCAGGCUAAGUCUCAGCCUGGCAAGGACGGCAGCCAGUGGCUCUCCGCACAGCAAGUCCUGGAUUCGGCUCUGCAGAUCGCCAGGGCAACGGUAGCCAGGGAUUUGGACCUGGAGACGGAUAUUCUUUACUGCAAGGGUCUGGUGGAGCGCUCUCUGGUUUCCCUCAGUCUGCUGAAGCCUCAGGCCGCCUCAGAGACCUUUCUUCACAUCGUCAGCGUCACACCACCUCACAGUCACACGCUGCAGCUGAUCCGUAGCUGUUAUCUGGAGAUGGCGAGCCUAUAUAUGCUGCAGUGGGAGCAGAGUUCCUGCAGUACCCAGGACCAGCAGAGCCCCGCCCCUCCCUGCACACCCAAACAGCAGAAGUCUGCAGGCUGGCAGAGGGCUCGGGUUACCCUGGACAGAGCUCUGACUGAGAGGGAACUGCAGCUGCUGCACUGCUGGGUCUGUGUGAGAGCUGCUAACCAGGUGAGCGGGGCGCACACGGAGCGCACCCAGCUGUGCGGUGUCACAGCCGCCCCCGGAGGCCCCCUGCAGCCGCCGGACACGCGGAACCUGCCCAGCCUGGCGACCGGCGACCUGCUGGCCUCCUGCGGAGGGGCGGAGUCAGCGAGAAACCUCUGUGGCUCCUCCCCGCUGCCGGGGACAGCGGGCCCGCAAUGCUCCGAAAUCACCUGGGUUCACCUGGCCCGUUACCACGGCCACAUCCUCAACCUGCACAGCAUCGCCACUCACCCAGUCCCAGACAGUGUUGAGGGCCUGUGCUCUGUGGCGAUGGGGAACAGUCUCACUUUGAGACUGGCUCAGCUUCACACGCUGUUCAGCUCCCUCCUGCCCUCCUACAGGGGGCGCUGCUGUCCCCCCCAACCCCCCACCGUCCUGCUGCAGCCCCACGGCACACAGUCCAGGGCGAGUGAGGAGAGCUUCCCGUGGGCCUGUGCAGACGAGCAGCAGCUGUGCCUCCAGUGGCACUGGCCCGCACUGGACCCGUCUCAGGAGAACCAGAACACGGUCGUGCUCGUGUUCGCGCUCAACCAGGCGCCCGUCUCCGCCCUGAGGCCCGCCCCCGUCAGCCUGUCCCAGCUGCGGUGUGGACGGCGCCGGCUGUCCCGGGACAGACUGAACGCGCUGCAUGCUGAGCUGUGCUCUCUCUGCGCGGAGGCCUACGUCUCAUCCCCUAACCCCGGCCCAAAGCCCUCCAGAGCCCCCGAAAAAGAGGCGCCGCUGGACCCCCUUUUACAGGAAAGGAGCAGGCAGUGCUGUGGUCAGAUCAGUACUCUGCUGCAGGUGACCAAGGAGGCGGCGGCCAUCUCUGAGGUCCCCUUUGAGCCCAGCCUGCAGAACCUGCGCGAUCUGGAGCGCUGCUUCAACCCCGGGGGAGGAGCCUCGCUGUCGGGGGGGGCCGUCGUCCAAUGGCUGGCCUCCCUGCUGCUCUGAGCGACCCUCACGUCCAACUGACGCUACAGCAAAGAGAGGCUUCUGAACGCACUGCUCCCUUAUUAUCGCACGCUGACUCUGUGUCCAAUCAGAACGCACUCAAAUUACACAAUUCAUUAUGUUUGAGACGCUUUCAUUGACUGCAUCCGCUCCAGUUACCUGAUAUUCACUAACAGUCCAAACACCAUUCAUUCCUGUUAUCAUUACCUGGAAAUAUAUUUUUUAAAACCAUCCCAGCGCUUUACACGAACAGAAUAAGAUGAGAUGUAUUAGAAUGCUGUUCUGCCAGUCAAGCUAGCCAUUUCUACCACUUAGACUGAUGAAAGCUAUCAUGCUAUUUAGAGAGCUACCUAACCCAGUAUGCAUUUCUGUUUGAGUGACUGACUAGAUGACUAGCAGCCUAAACUUUAAAUAAGUAGCUACUUAUCUGUUUAGAUAGCAAGCAAACCAGCCGAUAAUUACUGUCAGGCCAUCCAGUGUUUAUCCUGUUGAGCGAAUAGUCCCUAUUUGUGUUGCUUCCUUAGCAGAACUGAAGCACCGCUCUGUAUCAAAGACUAGGACUAUUGUUUCCUCUCAGAAUAAAUGCAGUCUAAAGCUGA